GGCAGCGGAGCGUAGCGCCGGGCUCGCCACCAUGCCCAAGUACUACGAGGAUAAGGAGGAGGACGGGCGCGCCUGCAGCGGCGUGAGGGAGGAUCUGCGGCAGUGCCUGCUGGAGAGCCCCUGCGUCCUGCAGGAAAACAAAAGCCCUAAACAAUGCUUGAGGGAAGGACACUGUAGGAGUUUGCAAGUGACAUUCUUUGCAUGCAAAAGAUCAAUGUUGGAUACCAGGGCAAGAUUCAGAGGAAGGAAGGGAUACUGAAGUCUUCGUCAAGAGAUCUUGCCAUGGAAAUUUGGAGCUCAUCAGCACUCUACACAAAACAGAGACUAAAAUAAGAAGAUGGUACCUGCUGCAUCCUUUCAUGCGGUGUUUUCGUGGAAGGUAUCUACUCCUGAGUAUUCCAACAGAUUGACCUGGAUGUGUAUUUAAAUGUUAGAAAGAAGGCAAGCAUAAAGCUGCAAGUUCUGGCCAAAAUGGGUACCUGUCAUGUACUUGCAAUAAAAAUGUGAAAUCCA